AUGGAUCCCUCCACCUAUACAGAUCCCCAGCUGACGCUGCAGGACAAAUUGGUGAUCAAGUCGCUGGUGGAUGACCUCGAUUCAGAUGGUCACGACGAGGAGUUAUCGCAGAAGCUUUUUGAUAUGAACAAUGGCUCGCAUGCGGACUUUGAUCCAACGAUUUUCCAGUUCUGGGAUACCGCCGAGCUGCGGGAGAAGCUCCCAGCUCCCAUCCAGCGGUAUGUGCUGCAGCCCUAUCUCAACUGGGCCCGCGGGGUGGUGCGCUUCCCGACGGAUGUGGUCAUGUUGACCCAUUUGAUCCUGUAUUUCACCACCAUCGUCCCCAGCGCCAUCUACCUUUUCUACCAUUUCAGUUGGGUGCACGGUGUCCUGCACUGGGUGAUGCAGCUAUGGUACUGCGGCGCCUUCACCCUCAUGAAGCACCAGCACAUCCAUAUGAAUGGAGUGCUAGCGCCUCAGUAUUGGCUCUUCGAUACUCUGUUCCCGUACCUGCUGGACCCCUUGCACGGUCACACCUGGAAUUCCUACUACUACCAUCAUAUCAAGCACCACCACGUCGAAGGCAACGGGGCUGAAGACCUGAGCACGACCAUGUUCUACGACAGAGAUAGCGGCGUCGACUUCGCUUGCUACGUCGGCCGCUUCAUCUUCUUCAUCUGGCUCGAGCUGCCGCUCUACUUCUGGAGAAAGGGCCAGGUCGCCAAUGCGUGCAAAGCGGCAUUCUGGGAACUCGGCGACUACCUCGCCAUCUACCUCCUCUAUAACUACGUCAACCCCCGCGCCACCCUCUUCACCCUCAUCCUGCCGCUCACCGUCAUGCGCUGUGGCUUGAUGGUUGGAAACUGGGGCCAGCACGCGUUCGUCGACCCGAGUGACCCCAAUUCUGAUUGGCUCUCCAGCAUCACUCUGGUUGAUGUCCCUAGCAACCGCUUCUCUUUCAACGAUGGCUACCACACGUCCCAUCACUUGAACCCGCGCCGCCACUGGCGAGACCACCCUGCGGCGUUUGUGAAACAGAAGACUCGCUAUGCCGAGGAGCGUGCUCUGGUCUUCCGCAACGUCGAUUACAUCUUCAUCACCGUCAACCUACUGCGCAAGAACUAUCUUCAUCUGGCAAAGUGUCUGAUUCCUAUCGGAGAUCAGGUCAAUAUGACUCUGGACGAGCGCGCAGAGAUGCUACGGACCCGCACCCGUCGGUUCAAGCGUCCAGAGGCGAAGAAGCAGGCCUGA